GUGGUGAGUGCGGUGCGGCGAUAGUUGUGUUGUGUAGUAAUAUUCGUAACUAUGAGUUGUGUAGUGUACCUACAUGCUAUGUGCGCUUUGCUCGCACAAAAAUGUCAAUGUCAAUUUGGUUGGUUAAAUCAAGAAAGCAAAGCAAGCUCUUGUUGAACGGCUCGUUCGUUGUUCUUAUUGUUGCUCGUUGUUUCGAUUUCGAUUGAAUAUUUUCAACUUUUCAACUAUGUUCAUGUAAUUUAUUUUAGUAAUUAUAAUAAAAAAUACCUAACUAUGGAUCGGAAUAGACUUAUUAUUGUUUUAAUGAUAGUAUCAUUAGGAAUUGCAUUAACAUCAGCUGAAUGUACAAUUCCUGUGGUUUUGCGGAAUACUUGGUUUUCUUUUGAAAACGGAAAGCAAACUAUUACUGAUAUAAACGCCAGUGAAAUGGUUGGAAGGGGUACUUGUGUCAACAUCAAGGCUGAUUUUCAUGUGAACUACACAAUGGUGUUUCAAUAUACCAAUUGCUACUAUUGUGUGAAGCUUAUAGUAAGAACAGUGAAUGUUUUGGAGAAGAUUGAGACCCCAUGUAUAAGCUUGCAGCCGGGAGAGGAGCCGACUGUAGACAAAAUAUGCAAAGGACUUAACACAAAUCAACAUCUUAUUACUUUGUUCUCAGAGAAUUACGUCCCUGUCAAUUGUCGGUCAUCUUUGGAAGGUGUCUGGCAGUUUGCUUAUCAGAACAGAUUCCGGUUCACUGGAGAGUGUAAUCAUCCAGAUGCUCAGAUCAGGUCAUGCCAGACUGCUGGAACACAGUUCUUGAUAACAAAUCAGAAGUUCAACAUUACAUACCGGGAAUGUCCAGGAAUGUCAGGCACCUUCAAUGGCAUUGUGGAGUACAGCUGCUUAGGUCAUUGGUUCGUAGAUAAAAAUCAAUUCUUUGCUGUAGCAAACACCAAAGAGUCUCGUAAGGAUGAGAGGUACCGUUGUUUCCUCAAGAACAGAGAUGAUGAUCUUUAUAUUGGUGCCUCUAUCACACCAGAAUGUAACGCAUUAAAGACUGUUGAGAAAUCUCCAGAAAGAUAUAGGGUCACUCCUGUAAAAGCUGAAGUGGUAGAGCCAGGUUGCCGUUUACCACAGAAUUUUUCUGGCAACUGGAUCAACACAGCUAACAUUGACGCUGAUGUCGUCAUAAAUGAAACACAUAUAAUUGAGACUUAUUACCCUGAUGAAGGAAGAUAUAGAAGGACUAUCUAUGUUUGCAGGGAACAAAGGGAUAGCAGAGUAAUGAUGGCUCGCCUUACAGUUGAUGGUUGCCAAAAGGACUAUGUCUGCUUUGAUUUCGUACCACAACACCACAAUGUAAUCAGAUUCCGAAAAGGAUUGGCAAUGAUCCAGAGUAAUUUUCACACUGUAUGCUCAUGGGUCCAAUUCAAAAAUAAAGAAAAAUGGCGGUAUGAUAUAUUGCUCAAGAAAGACCCAUCGCCUAUUCGUUGUCCAGUUGCUGGGAAAUUCAACUUCACUCAAAGAGGAGAUGUCAAAUUUGAGACGAGAAUACUUGGAGGAGUCACACUGAGUCCACGACCAAAUCUACACUGUAAAUUAAAUAUAAGUGACUUGUCAGUUUGUGAUACAGAUCAGAAAACUAUACAGAUAAAAGAAAAUUACUGCCUAUCUGUUGACUACUUGGGUAGACCAGUAGAUAUUUACAGUGACCCUGAUUAUAAGAUGAAGUGUAUUGGUUACUGGAAGGAGAAUCUGAAAUCUUAUUUAAUCACUUAUGAUGAGUUGGAUCCUUUCUCGAAGUACAGAUGUUGGGUGUAUCAAAGGGCUGAUCUUAACAGAGUGCUGAUGUCCCAAGCUCUCGGUCCGUACUGUGACCUGAAGCAGGACGUAACGUCAUGGAACUACACAGAAGGCGCGGCCGUGGCCAUAGAGAUGGAAGAAUACGAGAGAGAGCGAGACCGCUGCCCCAUGCACUUUGACGAUGGCAGCGACCCCUGGUCCACUAAAGAAAACUAUGUCAAGAUCUUCAAAUUCAGCUACUCUUUUUGGAGAAGCAAUGAUGCAUCUUUAUUACAAAUAAGCAUCGCAACUUUAUUAUUGGCUGCUUUUAUAAAUUUAAUACAGUAAGUUUAUUAACAGACUGAUGUAGAUAAACUAUAAAAACAUUGAUGGAGUUACGACAAAAAUUAAGAUUAUUCAAAACUAAAAACUUCUGAAAGUGGUUCUCACUGGUAUUGUAUAAUUUUUUUUUAUAAAAUGACAACUUAGUUUAUAGUUAUGUAGGUUAUUUUCCUAUAAAAUAUACAUUCUAUAAUCACUAAAAUCCAAUUUUGUAUUAUUGAAAUGUUAGUAUUGUGACAAUUUGAUUUUUAAUAGUGCUUUGUCUCUGAUUAAUUGAUGUAAGUAAUUGAAGUAAGUAUUAGUGAUAAAUAAGAAACUCACAAUUUACCAGAACACAUUUUUUAUUAUACACUAAGAUUAGUCUUUGUGCCUUAACUAGUGUUUGAAUAGUAAGUAGGUGAAAAGGUCUUAACAAAUUAGAUUUGUAUUUGCAUCUAUUUAAUAGUAUUUGUUUCUUUCUGUCUAUACAUCUCUACAAUAUCUCAAUCUGUGCAAUUUAUGUGUAACUGUAAUAUUACAAUUUUCAUGAGAUUCUCAUUUCUUACAUACACAAUUUUUUACUUAUAGAUAUUUUAGGAAAGGUUUAAGUAGGUACUUACUAGUAUAUAAUAUUGUAUAUUACCAUUUAAUUGAAUCCAUCCCAAUAGUGAUCUUGGUUGGGUAUUUCAUGUGUAAAUGUUUUUGUAAUCUCUUUCUCAUUUUAAGUUCCACAUCUUGGAAUGUUUACACAUGAGAUACCCAUAAAUGUACGCGUAUUUUAUAACUUUUAUAUUUUUUUCUUAUUUUGACAUUUAUUGUGUUCAUUUAUUUUUUUGAAUAUACAGAUUUAAUGACAAUA